AUGAUUUUUUUGUUUUUGGAGGUACUUCUCUUAAAUCUUUCUUUACCCGCACAUUCUAUCAACAAAAAUAUCCUAUUUCAAAAUUUUUUUUUCUUCAAAAUCUCACGAAACUGCUUAGGCAUGGCUGUAAAGCUAAAUACAUGCCAAGAAGCAGCAAUAUUUGAAGAUGAGCGAGAAGGAAAGAUAAGGGAGGUUGGCAAUCAAGCUGUUUGGUCCUUGUCUUCAUGUAAACCUGGAUUUGGUGUAGAACAAUUAAGAGAUGAAGAUUUUGAUACAUACUGGCAGUCAGAUGGCCCACAACCCCAUCUAGUUAAUGUUCAGUUUCGAAGGAAAACAAUCAUUCAAGACAUUUGUUUGUAUACAAAUUAUAAAGCAGAUGAAAGUUACACUCCAAAUCGGAUUUCCAUUCGUGCUGGCAACAAUUUUCAUGACUUGGUGGAACUGGAACAGGUAGAAUUGAUAGAACCUGUUGGGUGGGUAAAGAUUCCAUUGAAAGAUACAAAUGACAAACACAUACGGACAUUCAUGAUCCAAAUUGCUGUCUUGUCCAAUCACCAAAAUGGACGUGAUACUCACAUACGACGAAUCAAAGUCAGGUCUCCAGUUAUGGACACUUCCAUACACCCUGCUCCCAAAUUCACCAGUCCGGAAAUGAUUCAAUAUGCAUACUUCAAAUAA